UGGAGAUCUGGCAACCCAUGAGGCAUGGUUUCCAUUUGACUCAUUCUGGAAGAUCGUUGAUCUUGUGACCGUCAUGCAUGGAGAUCUGGGCAGUCUAGGAGUUUCAGAUCAACAACAACAACAACAAAACCAGGCCAGAUGAUGAUCUGAGCAGCUUGAUUUGAUUGGGUUCUAAACAUGUUCUCUUCCACAAUGCUGAGGUUCUGUUUGUGUAGAACCCUGAGGCCGUGUGUACGAGGAGCACAGAAGCGCCAGCUCGGCACGCACAAGCACAAAGACAAGCUGGAACCUCUGAACACUUCUGAAGGAGCCAAGGAUUUUAUCUACAGCCUGCAUGCUGCUGAGCGCAGCUGCUUACUGCGAGAGCUGCAGAACUUCGAGUCCAUCGCCAUCGCACAGGAGAAACUGGAGUCUUCGCCACCCAGCACCAAUCAACUAAGAUAUGUGCUCCUUCACAACGCGCUCCCAUUCGUCGGCUUUGGCUUCCUGGACAAUGCCAUCAUGAUCGCCGCAGGAACCCAGAUUGAGCUGUCCAUCGGAGUGACUUUCGGAAUAUCGACAAUGGCAGCCGCGGCGUUGGGAAACUUGGUUUCUGACCUGGCUGGACUUGGGUUAGCAGGAUAUGUGGAGGCUCUAGCUGCACGUUUGGGGAUGCAGAUUCCUGAUCUUACACCCAAACAGGCUGACAUGUGGCAGACCAGACUCAGCUCACACUUGGGGAAGGGGAUCGGCGUCACCAUAGGCUGCUUGCUCGGGAUGUUUCCUCUCCUUUUCCUUGGCGAUGAUGAUGAAGAGAAGACGCAGAGCUCGACAGUAACUCCGCUCAGAGACUCGAAAUAAUUUUCUUUUUUCUUUUUAAUACACACACCACAAACACAACACUAUUAGAGGUUUUCUCAAAAAAGAAGUGAGCUUUAUGCUCUGCGUUCAGCAAAAAACUCAAUUGUUUUAGUUACUUUAAUACUGGAUUUAUACUGGAGCUACAAGGCGAACAUUACUAACAUGUAAGAAAUGCAUUGUUUUUUUUUGUUUUUUGCAUCAACGAAAUUAUUCUUUAAUGAGACAGGCCUUAAUAACAGGAAGGGAACGGAAAUUUGUAUAAAGUUCCAGAAAGAUCUAUGAAAGUGA